AUGUGUUCUCGAUCAAAUGCUGGCGUAGCAGGUCGAGUUACCCCCCAUGAGGAUAACAGGGCCAAGGCGGUCAAUGCGAUGGCAACGGUGGGAGCAGCAACAACCCCGAACUCUCUAGGAGGAGGUUUAUCCAUGUUUGCUUGCAACCGUAAUACCGAGCAUCCCAGUCAAACAAUCUCGACUCCUCACACUUCUGAGGUUGACCGGGAGGAGGCCACUAUGGACCUCCAAGCCGUCAAUUGGGAGCAUCAUGGACCUGGCUCAUGGCUUUCCAUAUGUUCACCCCCUGGCCUGCAGUGGGUUUCGGCCAAAACUGGCACCACUCGUUUCCAUCAGAUUGCCGAGACUUUAGUCAUGGACUGGACUAACAAAUUGACCCUCAGUCCAGGCAGGAACCGUGAAAGAAGCACGGAGCCUGGGACUAAUCACGCAUGGGCGUAUGUAUCGGCCUACUUUGAAAGAUCCCAAGAUCGAGUCUUUGGGGUGGUUCUUCGCUCUGAUUUCGAAACACGGCUACGUGUUCAUCUACAAAGUGGGAGCAAACCCCAUGAGGAUGCCGCAUGGUAUGCCUUGCGAAAUGCCGUAUAUCCUUUCAUGCUUCGUGGACCAAUUUCUAACGAGAUGCUCGCUCAGACUGCCUUCGCCGAGCUUCUGGGAAGCCCGGCUAUCGAAUACAUGCUCUGUGCAUCUGCAGCCCGACUUGCACAAUCGAAGGGCCUUCAUCGACAGCCAUCAAAGACCUGGAAUCUUCCAAAGUCGGAGAUGGUUCACAGGAACUGGGUCUUUUGGGCUGCAUACUACUAUGAUAAGAAUAUUGCAUUGCGAUCUGGCCGACCGCCGGCAUUUAACGAUGAUGAGAUAAGCUGCGAAAUACCGAGCGAGCUCCCCAAUGGAAGCACGACAGAUAUUAAUGUCGUGACAUCUCUCAUAGAACAUGCCCGGAUCUGCGCCAAGAUAAGCAAGGAGCUUUUUAUUGUUUUCUAUUAUCCAAUGCUUGCGGUGAUCAAUUUAUUCAUUUACAUCCUCAAAGCGCCAUCACUUGAUACAGUACCAUCAGACUUGGCGCUCCUUGAUCUUGCCGCAGGUCACUUCGCAAGAGUGCAUUUUUUAACAUCGGCGCAAGUAUCAUUCACCUUUGCAAGGGAGGUUGUUGGCUUGGCAAACAAGGCAGUCAGGAGGACAGCGUUGGCGGUACCUAAUAACAACAGAAAAACGCCGAAUGUUUACACGCCUGAUAUCUCACCAGUGAAUAUCCCUGGAGAUUCUUUCUCAGUCUUUGACUCAAAUGCCAGUUUCGAGGAUUUCAACACUCUCUCGGCGGAAUUUUUCGAAGGUCUUUCAAGUGCAGGAGACAUGAUAAUCUUUGAAAAUUACGAUAUGUAG